CACAACUACUGCUAACUCUCAAGUGUUCUUCUGUUAGAAUCAAGUUGUGUUUAGUGGUUCAGAAAUGGCUCUUUCCAAUUUUUCGUCAACUGGUUCCGAGGAUUUUUACAAAAUGGUGGACAAAGAGAGUAUUACCAAGACCUGGACACUAACCCACUCUCCGAUCCCUGUAUCGUUGUCUAUACUUGUUUACCUAUUGAUUGUGGUACAUUUUGGACCAAAGAUCAUGGCUUCGAGGAAACCUUAUAAUCUCAAGACCUUCAUGAGAGUCUACAAUAUCAUACAGAUAGUUUACAACGCAUUCGUUCUGUCCCAGGUGUUUGUAACGCCAGGAGCAGUAGAGUAUUUACUGGAACACAGUUGUCGUGUCGACGACCCCGACAAUAUCAAACAUCUCAGACACACAUUCCUUUACUGUUCUUGGCAUUACUUUGUUUUGAAACUUCUGGACUUAUUUGACACGGUGUUUAUGGUUUUACGCAAGAAGAACACACAUAUAACAUUUCUACACAUUUACCACCACUGCGCUAUGGUGGUUUUUACUUGGUACAGUAAUAAAUACAUUAAAGCUCAGCAAGCGACAAUACCAGCACUGAUUAACACGGCAGUUCACUGCGUCAUGUAUUUCUAUUACUUUCUCGCUACAUUUGGCCCUGGGAUGCAAAAACAGCUCUGGUGGAAGAAAUAUCUUACUACACUCCAACUGGGACAGUUUGCAGUAGUGAUCCUGUAUCUGUGGCUUCUGUACCACCAGGACUGUCAAGUGUCACAGGACUUCAAUGUCAUUUGGAUCAUCAACGUAGCCGUGAUUGCAGCCUUCUUCGUCAACUUCUACAUCCAAACAUACAUUGUAAAGCCUCAGUCUCAACUACGGUGUAAAACAAAGAAACAGUAAACGCUAAGUUUGAAUAUAGUUAAAAACAUAACAUUUACAUUAUACUUUAUUUUUGUAUAUAUAAAAAAAACUACUCAAGACUUUUGGACAUCGUGUACACACGUUGAUAAUAAAUAUAUAACAAAACCUGUUA